GUUUCGUAAGCUUAAAGUGUUCAUUCACCUUCCAGAGACAUUAAACUCUUGUCUAACAAUAUGUAAGGUGGAUAUAGUGUCAGUGAAAAUGCUAAACUAAAAUCACCAGACAAUGAAUUACACAAGAUUUCUCAACAGGCUCAGUCUGGCUAGAAAGCCAUCACCUAUUCGUAUCAUGACUGCCAUUUUAAAUGAGAGUUCACCAGAGAUGAUUUCAAUGGCUGGAGGAAUGCCAAAUACACAGACUUUCCCAAUAGUUGAGGCUUCUUUCAAACUGAGGGAUGGUACUGUGUUAGAGCUUGACCAGAACAUUAUGAAUAAAGGAUUACAGUAUGCUCCUACACCUGGUCUUCCUGAUUUGGUCCAGUGGAUAAAUGGUUUACAGUCUAGAGUGCAUAACCCACCAACUUAUAAUGAUAAGAGCCACCCAGGUCAAAUGGAAUGCUUAGUAACCUGUGGGAGUCAGGAUGGCUUAUGUAAGGCAUUUGAAGCUUUAGUCUCUGAAGGAGAUAAUGUUUUAUUGGAGCAUCCAACAUACUCAGGUACUUUAGCUAUAGUUGGACCCAUGGCAGCAAACCUUAUACCAGUAAACUCAGAUAGUCAGGGAUUAGAUCCUAGUCAUUUACGAAAGACACUUUCCAGAUGGAGUCCAUCUGAUGUGUCAAGACCAGGCAGUGGUGUGCCUAAAAUUUUAUAUUGUAUACCUAAUGGGGGAAACCCCACAGGAACUAGUCUUAGUUUAGAAAGAAAGAAAGAGAUAUACAAGAUUGCCCAGGAAUAUGAUUUAUUGAUAUUAGAGGAUGAUCCAUAUUUUUAUAUACAGUUCACAAAGCCUUAUAUACCCAGUCUAUUAUCCAUGGAUGUAGAUGGUAGAGUUCUACGUUUUGACUCGAUGUCAAAAUUGUUGUCAUCAGGGGAUACAGUCUCACUUUCAGAGAUGAGAAUUGGUGUUUUAACUGGUCCUAAACCAAUUGUGGAUAGAGUAAAUUUACAUAUGCAGUGUUCAGUAAUGCAUGCCAGUGGUUUGUCAAAGGUGUUCCUCAUCAAACUGUUUGAACAUUGGGGUCAUGAUGGUUUUCUUGAACAUGCUGAAAAAACAGCUGCAUUUUAUGAAAUGAAGAGAGAUCUUUGUUUAAAAUCAGCAGAAAAACAUUUGAAAGGUCUAGCAGAAUGGUCAGUACCAACUGGUGGUAUGUUUUUGUGGUUGAAGCUGAAUGUAAAGGACACUAAGAAAAUGAUAGAAGUUAAAGCUAGGGAGAAGAAUGUCCUGUUUGUUCCUGGUAGUGCUUUUAUGAUUGACCAAACACAGCCAUGUUCAUAUAUCAGAGCUUCCUAUUCUACGGCAACACCAGAAGAGAUAGAUCUGGCAUUUAAAAGACUGGCAGAUCUGAUAAGAGAAGAAAUGAAAGAUUCUGACUAAGGUUUCAAAUAUUCUAGAAGUACAUAUGCAGUUUUAUCUAGGUGUAUGCAAAAUUAAGAAAUAUUUUAUGUUUAAAAAUCAAGAGUGAGUAAUGAUUCAUAUUGCAUCCAAAGAUGGCAUAUUUUUUAAUAUUUAUUUGGAAAGAAAAUUAAAUUGUUUUAUAUGAAAUGUGUUGGAAAAUAAAUCUUAAUCAGA